AUGCUUCAACUUGUUCGAAAUCUCAGGAAGGACUCAUUAAGACGAUAUCAUGUUGUUCGGUUCUACAUUCAAGAGAAAGAAGACCCUCAUGACCAUGCGGUCUUCGUCGGUAAUCUGCCACUUUCGUUAGCACAACGACAAUACGAAAGGAUAUUGCUACGAUUACUUGGUGCGAAGGAGAAGCCGUUCACGGCCAUUGGACCGAUAUAUUUUGAGUAUGGCUCAUUGGUGAUCACGUUCAAUACUGCAAAAGCAGCCACCGCAGCCGUGCAACGUCUUCAGAAUGCCGUUUACGAAGAGAAGAAGCUCAUUGUUUUAUGUCUUCCAAACGUUCAACCACAUAUGUUAUAUCCGGAAUGUGAGCCGUUAUUGGUGCUUGUGAAUGUGAAAAGUGGUGGAUGUCAAGGCGGUGAAUUAAUUAAGGCUUUUCGGCGACUAUUGAAUCCAUUUCAAGUGUUUGAUGUUGUUAAGGGUGGCCCACUUGUUGGUUUGUAUGUAUUUCGAAACAUUCCCAAAUAUAAGAUUUUGGCAUGUGGAGGCGAUGGCACCAUUGGAUGGGUUCUGCAAUGUCUUGACAUCGCUAAACAA